AUGGUCGUAUUGGAGACGUUAAGGAUCUGUAUGAUAGCAGCAGAUACCGAGACUGAGCGCGACAAAUGCUCCGCGCCCGAUCUUCAAAGCAACCCUCUCGUUGCCCUCUGCAAUUUUCACUCAUUCCAUUCCAUUCCAAACCUUCUUCUUUCGAUCAUGCAAGCGCCAACCCAGAAGGACUAGACACACAAACAGGGAAUAUAUUGUUUUCCCAAAUCGAAAGAUUCGAUUUUUAGCGUGCAACCAAUAAUGGGGUCUGCUAAAACUAAAAGAUCGUCUACUUCUCGAAGAACUAACAUUUCAAACUCAGGGCAUAAACGGAAGCAACAAUUGGAGCUAGAAAAUUUGACGAUAACCACACAACCAUUCAGAACUCUAAAAUUCUUCACACUUGCUAUAAUUCAAUACCUGAAGAAAUCAAUAUUCUAUCUGCUAGAAAUAGGUGGAUGGCUUGUGCUUUUUGUUUGUGUUAUAGGGGCUCUUGCCAUGAUGCUGAUUCCAACUGAUGGUUCUCAUGAAAAGCAUUUGGAGGAACUUAUUAAUUAUUCACGCUUUGUACUGUGGUGGGUAGCCCUUGGAGUUGCAUCUUCAAUUGGUCUUGGAUCUGGUUUGCAUACUUUUGUUCUCUAUUUAGGUCCACAUAUAGUAUUGUUUACAAUCAAAGCAAUGCAAUGUGGCCGAGUUGAUUUGAAAAGUGCCCCAUAUGAUACAAUACAAUUCAACAGUAGUCCUUCUUGGCUCGAUAAAGAAUGCUCGGAAUUUGGGCGACCAUUGUUCAAGGUAGUCGAUGAUGGUUCACGAGUUCCACUCAGCAGCAUUUUGCCUCAAGUUCAGGUGGAGGCUGUUCUAUGGGGUAUAGGAACAGCUAUUGGGGAGCUUCCUCCAUACUUUAUCUCCAGGGCAGCACGCUUGUCUGGUAGCAAAUUGGAUGCCAUGGCUGAGUUGGAUACUGAAGAUAAAGGAUUCAUGGCAACUCACUUGAAUCGAGCCAAGCGCUGGCUUCUAUCGCACACUCAAUAUUUGAACUUCUUUACAAUUUUAGCACUUGCUUCGAUUCCAAAUCCUCUGUUUGACCUUGCUGGCAUUAUGUGCGGACAAUUUGGCGUUUCGUUUUGGAAAUUCUUUCUUGCAACUUUCUUUGGAAAGGCCAUUAUUAAAACUCACAUACAGACGGUAUUCAUCAUCGCAAUUUGCAAUAAUCAGCUUCUUAAUUGGAUAGAAAAUGGUGUUGUUGGGGUCCUUGGCCAUGUACCUGGUGUUGCUUCUUUCUUGCCUCCUGUGAUUGCUAAGCUCCAUGCAAUUAGAGAUAAGUAUUUGAAAGAACCCAUUCCGGUUUUGCCAAAUAGCAAGGAGAAAAAAUGGGACUUGUCCAUUGCUUCAAUCUGGAACACUGUUGUGUUGCUUAUGCUUUUGAACUUCUUUGUCAAGAUUGUAAACGCAACUGCACAGAGUUAUAUGAGGAAACAACAGGAGAGAAAAGAGGCCACAAAAACCAAUGGAUCUUUUUCAAGAAAUUCAUACAUGCAAUAAUGCAAUGCUGAUAAUCUGCUAGCAUUGCUGAAUUAUUUUUUGGUGGUACUUUGCAAGCAGAAACUCUUGAAGGUUACUAAUGGAAACUAGAAUCAGAUAGGUCUAAUUAGGAGCUUAUAUUUAUAGGAAUGAAAAUACACACAUUAGGCAACAAAAGUUGAAACUUCUCAUCUUAGUCAAUCUUUGUUUGGAAACUUGACAUUAUUUUUGAAAUGGCAAAUGAAGUUAUUGCUUA